CUAAGGUAUGUGUAUCAAGUCUCCUAAUAUUUCCUUGCAAUCAGAGAGGUGGUCAGCUUAAAGCACGGUGAGGAGCUUCAAGAGCUGGCUGGCAAAGGUUACCUACAUGCAGGAAUGCAAGGGUCAUCACUCCUUCCAGGACUCUGUUUUCUGCUGAGUUUGUCAGAAGUCAUGGCUCGGAUGACCAAAGCAGCUACCUGUCCACAGUGCCCCCAACACGCUUUCUGUGUCCACGGCACUUACUGUACCUGCGACUCUGGAUACGCUUCUGACUCUGGGAAGAAAUUCUUCACAUUCCCCCUUGAGACAUGCAAUGACAUUGAUGAAUGUAAACCACCCAUUAGCAUAUAUUGUGGACUUAACGCUGCAUGCCAGAAUGUCGAAGGAAGUUUCUACUGCCACUGUAAUCCUGGGUACAAACUCCUCUCUGGGGACACACAAUUCGAGAAUUCCAAUGCGAACACUUGUCAAAAAACCACUUCCUCAAAGACGACCAGAGACACGGAAGAGCUGCAACGUGUUGUUGAGAAAUUCGAGUCACUGCUCACUAAUGACACUCCCUGGGCGAUGGGAGAGAAGAGAGAAGUCGCAUCUUGGGCCACAACUCUUCUCCAGACUGUAGAAUCGAGCGUUCUAGAAACUGCCUUGAAAUCCCCAGAGCAAAAAGUCCAGAAAAUUCACAACAGUACUGUGGCUAUUGAAACUCUAGUUGUUACAGACAAUUGCUCUGAAGAAGGAAAGGUCUUCAGCUUGAACACCUACAUGAACUCAGUGGACAUCCGUUGCAAUGACAUCGUGCAGGAAAACGUGAAAGGUCCCACCGCAAUUGCCUUUAUUUCAUACUCUUCUCUUGGAAACAUCAUAAACGCAACGUUCUUUGAAGAGGCAAAUGACAAAGACCGAGUUUACCUGAACUCUCAGGUAGUGAGUGCUGCUAUUGGACCCGAAAGGAAUACAUCUCUCCCCAAGUCUGUGAUUCUGAGUUUUCAGCACGUGAAGAUGAAGCCCAGCAGUGAAAAGGCCAUCUGCGUCUACUGGAAAAGCACGAACGAGGGCGGCCAGUGGUCCAGCGACGGCUGUUUCCUGAUACAAGCGAACAAAAGUCACACCAUAUGCAACUCCACUCACCUGUCCAGUUUUGCUGUCCUCGUGGCCCUAACCCACCAGGAGGAGGAUCCCGUGCUGGCUGUCAUCACCUACGUGGGGCUGGGCCUCUCUCUGCUGUGCCUCCUCCUGGCAGCCCUCACCUUCCUCCUGUGCAAAGCCAUCCAGAACACCAGCACCUCGCUCCACCUGCAGCUCUCCAUCUGCCUCUUCCUGGCCCACCUGCUCUUCCUCACGGCCAUCGACCAGACCAAGAUCAAGCUGCUGUGCGCCAUCAUCGCAGGGGCCUUACACUAUCUCUACCUGGCCUCCUUCACCUGGAUGCUGUUGGACGGUCUACACCUCUUCCUCACGGCACGCAACCUGACGGUGGUCAACUACUCCAGUGUGAGCAGGCUCAUGAAGUGGCUCAUGUUCCCUGUGGGCUAUGGAGUCCCAGCUAUAAUAGUGGCCAUUUCUGCUGCAUCCAGACCUUCCCUUUAUGGAACACCCACCAGAUGCUGGCUCCACACAGACAAAGGAUUUGUAUGGACCUUCCUGGGCCCCGUCUGCACCAUCUUCUCCAUUAAUCUGGCCUUCUUUCUGAUGACCUUCUGGAUUGUGAAAAACAAGCUCUCCUCCCUCAACAGAGAUGUGUCCACCCUCCAGAACACCAGGAUGCUGACAUUCAAAGCGACGGCUCAGCUCCUCAUCCUAGGCUGCACGUGGUGUCUGGGUGUCCUGCAGGUGGGGCCAGCUGCCCGCAUCAUGGCUUACCUCUUCACCAUCAUCAACAGCCUGCAGGGAGCGUUCAUCUUCCUGGUGUACUGCCUCCUCAGCCAGCAGGUCCGAAAAUGGUUCAGAGAGAUCAUGAAAUCUAAACCUGAGUCUGAGACUUACACACUUUCCACCAGGUUUGGCGCAAACUCAAGACCCAGUGAGGGGGGGGUGUUUUCCCAGAGCAACUGAAGAGAAAAUAUUCGAACUAGAACAUUCGACCCCACAUGGAAAGUCACAGCCACGGAUUUGGUUGGCAUCGUGAAGAACAGAGCUGGAGACCAGGGGGACCAUUACUUUGACCUCCUUGGAGAGGAAAUGUUCAGCCUUUACUUCCUGAAGUGUUUGUUCUGCAUAACGGGCCCCCAGUAAAUGGGUGUUGCAUUGGGUUUCUCUUCGCUGUCAUGGACUCAGCCAGUGCUUGUCGCUGGGGACCCCAAUCAUGACCAUUGCAAAUAGUCCCUGGACAUUUUGUAAACAAGGAAGGCCCCUUUAAAGGCCUUUCCUCAAAUUCUUACACGCGUUCGUCCUAACCUUGCUCUUGAAACUCAUCCAGUCCUUCAGACCCUCAGCUUCUCCCAAACUGUCAGCUGUACCUCCUUUCUUAUCCAGGCUAAAGCUCAUGGUCAACCAUGUCGAAAGAUCUUCUCCCCUAAUCGUGACACCUUGCUCCCUCAUUCUGAUUCCAUUCUGAUUCCUGGGAACACCUUGAUCCAGGACCAGUCCAACAAUGGCAGUCACUACAGAUUGCUAACUCAAAAGCUGUCACCAUAUCAUAUGCUCCUUAUCAACACAACCUUGGUAAUUUGCAGGUGUGGGACAGCAGUGUGCCUGGACGCAGGGGGCCAGCUGAGACUGGUCCGAGCCCAGUUAUUCUCAACCAGAGGUGAUUCCCCACCCCCAUAGGACAGUUGACAAAGUCUCGAGGCCAUUUUUUGUUGUCAUGACUGGGGAAAGGCACAGGAAUGCUACUGGCAUGUAUGUGGUGAAGGGCAGGGAUGCUGCUAAACGUCCCAUAACGAACAAGACAGCCCCCACAUCCACACAACCAAGGAUUAUCCAAUCCCUAAAUGUCAGUAGCGCUGAGGUCAAGAAACCCCAGCCUAAACUAGCCGUAGCGAUUGUGUUCCCAUCUGCUAGAGACUGGUUUCGGAUGGGUGCAUCUGGACCAGUUCUGGGCAAUGAGAUAUAAGAAACACCUACUGGAAAAUACUUCUUCUUGAUAGAAGCAAAGACAGAUUCAAGGGCAGCCUUCCCAUGACAUCCUGGUUUGGGCUGCUACAUGACCCUAUUGCUAAGCCACUUUGGGUCAGGUAAUGUUAUUUGGAGUCCAAAGCAUCCUUCCUUGUGAACAAACCACUUCUCCACCAGGGCAGUGAGAUCCCAGAAUCACUCGGUUUGGAGUCAUUACAAAUACGUGCUUUCUGAUAUACACCAGACUCUCCAUGCUACCCGGAAUUUGUUCUUCCUGUCCGUAGUCAGCUUCCCCCCAAGAAAAGCUGUAGCUUUUCACUUCCUUCCUCUGCCCCAUCACCUUUCCCCUUACAUGAGGCAGGAGACCUUGUCGACUCCUUCAGAGAUAACAAACACCAGCUGACAGAAACUACCCCAACUUCCUGACGUCCUUCACAAAUACAUCCACAUCCAUGCCUACCCUUGCUUCCUUCCCUCACUGGUGCCCUUCGUCCCUUUUUCCAUUCUUCCACAACAGCAAAGGGAUCCCUCCUCUGGUUCAAGGCUAACCCCUCCCUCUGUGCUUUGCUUAUCCCCUCCGGCCUCUCUGGGGACUUUUCUCCACUGAUAUCUCCUCUCUCUGUCUUGAGUCUCCCACCUCUCCGACUUCCUGUCUCCUGGUUCUUCCCCCAGCGGUAUUUAAAUAUACUAAAGGGGCCGCUGGGUGGUUCAGUCGGUUAAAGCAUCCAACUGUUGGUUUCAGCUCAGGUCAUGAUCGCGCAGUUGAGGAGUUUGGGCCCCACAUCGGGCUCUGUGCUGACGA